AUGGUGGCCUCCUCUGCGGCUAUACUGCGAGCUUCUGGACUCCGCCUAUGGGGUCAGCUGCCAGGCUCUCCAAAGCUAUGGUCUGGUGGCCGGGUCUCGUGGGCACCUGCCCGGAAGAUAGCGACCUGGAGCCUGGAACCUGAGGGCCGCUGCGGCUGGGACGAGCCGGUGCGCAUCGCCGUGCGAGGUCUGUUCCCGGGACAGCCCGUCACGCUGCGCGCGUCCCUGCGCGACGAGAAAGGCGCGCUCUUCCGGUCCCACGCGCGGUACGAAGCGGACGCCGGCGGCGUCCUGGAUCUGGCGCGCGCGCCCGCGCUGGGCGGCAGCUUCACGGGGCUCGAGCCCAUGGGGCUGCUCUGGGCCCUGGAGCCCGAGAAGCCCUUGGUGCGGCUGGUGAAGCGGGACGUGCAGACGCCCUUCGCCGUGGAGCUGGAGGUGCUCGAGGGCCACGAGCCGGAGGCCGGGCACCUCCUGGGCCGGACGGUGCUGGAGCGCGCCUUCCUGCGGCCGGGGGUGCGGCGGGUGCCGGUGCGCGAGGGCCGGGUGCGCGCCACGCUCUUCCUGCCGCCAGAACCUGGGCCCUUCCCUGGAAUUGUUGACAUUUUUGGAGUUGGAAGUGGCCUUCUGGAAUAUCGAGCUUGUCUGCUGGCUGGGAAGGGUUUUGCUGUGAUGGCUCUAGCUUAUUAUAACUAUGAAGACCUCCCCAAGAGCAUAAAGACCCUCCACCUGGAGUACUUUGAAGAAGCUGUGAACUACCUGCUGGAUCACCCUCAGGUAAAGGGUCCAGGAGUAGGGCUACUUGGGAGUUCCAAAGGAGGUGAUCUCUGCCUCUCCAUGGCCUCGUUCCUGAAGGGCAUCUCCGCUGCUGUCAUAAUCAAUGGCUCUGUGGCCAAUGUUGGGGGAACCUUACGCUACAAGGAUGAGACCUUGCCUCCUGUGGGCUUGGACCCAAGUCGAGUCAAGCUGACCAGAGACGGCUUGGUGGACAUUCUGGAUGUGUUGAAUAGCCCUUUGGAAGGACCUGACCAGAAGAGUUUCAUUCCUGUGGAAAGGGCUGAGAAUGCCUUCCUGUUCCUAGUAGGUCAGGAUGACCACAACUGGAAGAGUGAGUUCUAUGCUAAUGAGGCCUCUAAGCGCUUACAGGCCCAUGGUAAGGAGAAGCCCCAGAUCAUCUGUUACCCUGGGACAGGGCACUAUAUUGAGCCUCCUUACUUCCCCAUGUGCCAGGCUUCCCUACACACCUUGGUGGGCGGUCCUGUCAUCUGGGGAGGGGAGCCUAGGGCUCAUGCCAUGGCCCAGGUAGAUGCUUGGAAGCAGCUCCAGACUUUCUUCCACAAACACUUGGGUGGGAAAAGUUAGGUGGGCUCUCUUGAAAAUAUAACCCAGUAUUUGAAGGUUGUGAGUGUGAGACUGAUACAUGCUAAGUAUCAGUGAAAGACAGUUCAGCUGAAGUCUUAUGGUAAAACUGUUGGGUUUUCAUUCCUUUCUCUUUAAAUAACACUCCUAUUAAAAAUAGUCUCUGGGGAAUAAGUUUAGGAAGUCCCUGUGCUUACACCAGUGGGUUAACAAGGUUUAGGAUGAAAGCAUCCAAGAUUAUGUAAAUAGGGGCAAAAGCACCCCCAGCAUAGUACAAAAGCAGAAAGCUGCUUUCACAGGACAGAAGGUCCAGAACGGGUUAGUGAGUAAAUAGGGUGAAGUUGCCCAGAGCAGAGCUAAUUAGCAAAAGAAAGGUGCCCUGUUUACCAUGAGGAAGCAUGCUCUCUGUGUCUUAUCCCCUAGGCAAGUUAAGAUAAACAUACACAGUGCCUCAUGCCUGUCAUAAGCAACCAUCCACUCAGUGCAGAUUUUGUUCUGCAUUGACCCAAACCCCUAACACCGAAUAUCUUCGAAACCCCCUUUCUCUCACACACGAGUUAAUGUUCAAGGUUUCAUGGUCUCUUUCUGAAUGUCCAUCACGUUUGUAAGCCUUCUGAUCCUAAUAAAAAUGGAGCAGGGGCCCUUACUUGGGCUCUUGUCCCCUCCUGGACAUUAGCCUCUCUCGCAUUUAAUUCUGCGUCCACUCUCUUGCUAGACAAGAGAGAACUCCAGACUCAAAGUCUGUGACAAGUCUCAUACAAACAAUGUCAGGAAUGAAAAGAGAGCCUUAAGUAUAAGCAACUUUAGUUAAAGCUUAAAUAUUGGGACAUUACAGAUAAAGCUACUGUUUCCUUUCAGUGCUCUCAGCCUUGUCUCCACUGUCGGUGAGCAAGAAUUCCUGUCAGACCAUAGGUCCUUCUAGCUGGACCAAGAAUCAAAUUGACAUGAGACGUAUUAAUAGGAGAGAAUCAAAUUUGAUAGCAUAUGCACAGGAAAUAUACACAGACAUGGAAAUAUAUUUACAAUUAUAGAAAAAGAAA